AUGGAUCGCGACCAAUUCAGGGCCGCUGCGCAUGCGGCGAUCGACGAAAUCAUCGACUACUUCGACGGUCUUCCCUCCCAGCGUGUUGUUCCGACCAUUGAACCAGGCUACCUUCGCCCCUUGAUUCCCGAGAAUCCUCCGGAAGAACCAGAGCAAUGGUCCCAGAUCCAGGCAGAUAUUGAGACAAAAAUCAAGCCGGGCCUGACUCACUGGCAAUCUCCCAACUUCAUGGCUUUCUUUCCGGCCGGUGUGACGUACCCCAGCAUCUUGGGUGAGAUGUACUCGGCCGCUUUCACCGCCCCCGCUUUCAACUGGCUCUGUUCCCCUGCUUGUACAGAGUUGGAGACGAUCGUAAUGGAUUGGAUGGCCAAGGCAUUGGGUCUCCCGGAAUGCUUCUUGAGCAGCUCGGAAAACAAGGGAGGUGGUGUCAUUCAAGUCACUGCUAGUGAUGCAGUCGCGACGGUGAUGAUCGCUGCUCGUGAGAGGAGGGUGCGCGAACAGGCAUUAGCCGAGGGUCUCAAGGACGGAACCGUCGAAUAUGAGGAUCGAGUGAUGGAGCUGAGACCGAGACUGGUGGCACUGGGUAGUAAUCAGGCACAUAGCAGCACCGCGAAAGGCGCACUGCUUGCUGGAACGAGGUAUCGCAGCGUCACUGCGCGGCUAGAGGACAAUAUGGAAAUGACUGGACCACGGUUACGAGAGGUACUCGAGCAGUGCGACAAGGAUGGGCUCACCCCUUACUACAUCACGCUUGGCAUGGGUACGACCAACACUUGCGCGUUGGAUCGCUUUGCGGAGAUAAAGGCUGUACUGAAGGAGAAGCCGCACUGGCAGCGAAUCUGGGUACAUAUCGACGCUGCCUACGCCGGUGCUGCGCUUGUUGCGGACGAAUGGCAGUAUAUCGCGAAGGACUUUGCGGAAGGUGUUGACAGUUUCAAUAUGAACAUGCACAAGUGGUUGCUUGUGAACUUUGACGCAAGCUGUCUAUAUGUACGCAAUCGCUUUGACCUCACAGACGCCCUCGAUAUUACUCCCGCCUACUUGCGCAACCCCUACUCCGAGACUGGCCGGGUCAUCGACUACCGCAACUGGUCCAUUUCUCUUGGUCGGCGAUUCCGCGCACUGAAGAUUUGGUUUGUCAUGCGCAGCUAUGGGCUCAGCGGCAUGAAAGCCUACAUUCGCAAGACCAUUGGACUCGGUAACAUCUUUGCCGACCUGAUACGCAGCCGAUCGGAUCUAUUCGAGAUCAUCACCAAACCUGCAUUCUGCUUGACUGUCUUCCGAAUCAAGAGCCCCAAGCUUCAACCAAAUCAUGAGUCCUCGGUGCCUCAGAUUGACGACGCUUCAAACGCCAUAACUAAGGAGGUAUACGAGCUCGUCAAUUCCCGGGGUGAGAUUUUCAUCACCUCGUCUGUCAUUGCAGGUGUAUACGCCAUCAGGGUGGUAAGCGCCAACCCUGCAGCCGAGGAGAAGUACCUCCGGCGCGCGUUUGAGAUUCUGGUUCAAACAACCGAAGAGGUGCUCCACAAGCAGCAGUAA